UUUUUUUCUUCAUGUCGUUUACCAACAAUGCAGAAGCAGGUCCUUCUCAAAAGAGACUGAAUAGUAUUACCAACAAACAACCUAAACUAGAACUAGCAGAAAAAGUAGAGAUAUUUCCUUCAACACGAUUACAAGAUUGUCUUGAUUACUCUAUUCUAGUGUCCAACAAUACAAGCAUGGCAAGAGAUCAACUUGCCAAUGAACGAAACUGGCUUACUUGGUUUCGUUUAUCAUGUACAUUGAUCAUUUUAGGAUUCACGCUAUUGCUACAGUUUCGAUUGCCUGACAGUACAGAUCAAGAUGGAAAUCUAACGGUUAGCAAAGCCAAUGAUUUCGCAAGUAAACCGAUAGGCUUUAUCUUUAUUGGUAUUGGUCUUUCCUGCUUCUUUGUAGGUGUAGGCAAAUACUUUAAGAGUCAGCGACUGUUGGUCAAACAAGCUACUUUUGUAGAAGCAGGAUGGGGUAGUCUUGUCAUGGUUGGGAUCUUGUUCUGUUUUGUAUGUUCAGUCAUGAUUAUGGCAUCAAUAAACACUUCAAGAAAUUCAUUCUUGAAUAAUCCUUAAAA